AUGGAUGUUAUUCGAAAUAAAAUAAACGAAUUUUACAUUGUGAGGAAACAAGUACCAACAUUAAGAUCUUUGUUGGUAGAGUUAAAAGAAAGUAUAGAAUUUGGUGGAUGUCGUGAAACUCUCCGUCGCAUAUUAUUAGCCAACGGUUAUGUAUUUAAGAAAAACAAAAAUGAACGUUCAUUAUUAAUUGAACGGUAUGAUAUAGCUGCAUGGAGACAUCGCUUUUUGCGUACCAUUGCAUCGAAGCGUGCAGAAGGCAAGCCAAUAAUCUACUUAGAUGAAACUUAUGUCCACAAAACCUAUAAGCCUAAAAAAUGUUGGCAAGGUCCAUCAACAAGUGGAAUAGUUGAAAAUAUAUCGUCAGGAAAACGAUAUAUUAUUGUGCAUGCAGGAUCAGAGAAAGGCCCUGUUCCAAACUCAUUGUUAGUAUUUAGCACCAAAUCGAAAAUGGCCGACUACCACCAUGACAUGAAUUCCACAAACUUCAACAAAUGGCUUCAAGAAAAGCUUAUGCCCAAUUUGAAUGAACCAUAUGUAAUUGUAAUGGACAAUGCAUCAUACCAUUCUGUCAUAAUAAAUAAAGCGCCCACAUCUCAAAAUCGAAAGUUAGAGAUACAGAAUUGGCUUACAUUGAAUGGUAUUUCAUUUGAAACAUACAAUUCAAAAGCAGAGUUGCUCUGCUUAGUAAAACAGAACACACCAGAACCUAUUUAUGAAGCUGAUGAACUUUUAAGCCUAAACGGACAUGAAGUGCUAAGACUUCCUCCAUAUCAUUGUGACCUAAAUGCUAUAGAACUCAUAUGGAGUCUAGCAAAAAGAAAUGUGGGAAGCAAAAAUGUAAGCCGAACUCCAAAAGAGUUCGAGGAUCUCAUAAAACAAUCUUUUGAGUGUAUUACAGCAGAUGAUUGGAAAAAAAUGACAGACCAUGUCAUUCAUGUGGAAGACAAGUACAAAAGAAGAGACAAUAUAACUGAAAAUAAUUUAGAAAGCUUCAUCAUCAAUUUAAGAGACAGCAGCGACUCCAGUGAUUCUGACGAUUCACUUCAUGUUGAAUUUUUACAUUCAGAUUUUGAUUAUAGUGAUUAA